AUGGAAAAGAAUCCUCCGAUGCUCAAGGGUGUUGGGGAUGAAGCUGGUCCCCACAGUUGCAUGGCUGGAGAGGAUCCAAAUUCCCGGAAAAGGGUUGUGUACAAUAUGAUCCUCUACAGACUCUUCAUAGGCUCUUCGCAGUGCCAAGAGCCUCAUGCACUAGUUGGAGCAGUAUUUGGACAUUUAUUGCCAUUAGUCCCACAGAUUCCACCUUCUGUGAUUUAUACAAUGGAGACUUUUACAGAGAUAGGCAUGAUCUUCUACCUCUUCGUAUUAGGCCUAGAGAUGAACAUCUACAUACUCUUCCAUCGACCAACGCCGGAAGCUUGGCUCACCUACGCCGGCAUUCUAUCGACAUUAAUUGUGACUUCAAUCUUCAUCUUCAUCCCAUUCUCCGAAGUGCCAGUACCCAAGAAAUUCAAAUAUGUCUACUCCCUAUCCAUCAUCCUCUCCAACACGGCGUCCCCCAUCUUAACCCGACUCGUCACCGACCUUAAGAUCGGAAAAUUGGAUAUCGGCCGUGUUGCUAUCAAUGCAGGGAUGCACUCCGAUAUGGUUACCACAUUGCUUAUCUCCAUGGGAUUGGCUUCUGAUUCACCUUCUUCUAUACAAGUGCUUGAAAGUUUUGUGGCAUUAGGGGUGCAUUUGUUGAUGGUUAUAAAGUUGCUGAACCCAGUUUUGGACUGGAUCAAUGAUAGGAAUCCAGAUGGGAAGCCCAUUAACAGUAAACACUUGGUUGUGGUAAUAACCCUUGUGGGCCUUGUUUGUGCAUGGGGCCCAUUACAAUUUGUAAGCCCAUCAGCUUGUGCAUUUGUUACUGGCUUGGCCAUACCAAGAGAUGGAAGAGUUCCAAAGAUGAUGAUCAAUAAGAUCAAUUACUUCUUGAAUGCCCUUGUCUUCCCCAUCUACUUCUGUUGGGUAGGGAUGCAUUUUAACUUCAAAGAGUAUGCACACAGACAGACAUGGAUAGACCUUUUUCUGGUAUUGACGAUCGGGGCGUGUGGAAGAGUGAUCGGGACCUUGGUCUGCAGUAGGCAGUCUGGCUUGAAUUGGGUGGCUUCUGUUGGUCUUGGAUUGCUUCUGGGUACCAAGGGCCAUUUCUACAUUUACAUCGUAGUAACUUCUGUGAACGCACAGUUCUUGAGCAGUGAAGAAUUCAUGGUGAUGGUACUCGUCCCCAUCUUCUCCAUUCUCUACGUCCCCCUAGUCGUAUCAUUCCUAGUUAAAUGGGGUAAUAUCCGAGACCAACACCGGAAUGGGCUUCAGUGGCUUGACCCAUCAAAUGAGCUACGCAUGUUGCUAUGCCUCAAUGGAACUCAAAAUGUACCCUCUUCCAUCAAUAUCCUAGAGGUCUCUCGGGGGUUAUCGGGAGUCACCGUUUACGCUACCGAUAUGAUUGAGGUCACCGACCGGAUUGUUGCGACACUCGGUGCCGGAGAACGGUUAGAUGGUGUAGCUGUUGUUGAUGAGAUGAUUGUGAACAUGAGAGAACAGGUCACAAAUGCUAUUAGUACACAUAUAACUCGGAGUGGUGAAGGGAUGACUCUGCAUCGGUCGCUUGUUGUUACUACAUUUGGUAAUAUGCAUGAACAGAUCUGUAAGUUGGCUGAGAAUUUGCAAGCUUCUAUCAUUAUCUUGCCCUUUGACAAGAACCAGAAUGAGAAUGGGAAGAUGGACGAUGGUCACACUGGUUUCAGGAGAGUAAACCGUCAGGUGCUUCGCCAUGCUCUAUGCUCAGUGGGGAUAUUCGUCGACCGUGGCUUUGGAUUGAUCGACAAGGUCACAUCUUCUUAUACGCCCCCAAACGUGGCGGUCAUUUUCAUCGGCGGCAAAGACGAUCGCGAAGCAUUAGCCUAUUCAAAACGCAUUGCACAUCACCCUGGAAUUAACCUUACUGUUAUCAGACUCCUACAAGACACAAAUUCGGUGGUUACCUCAGGUGGUACUAGCAGCAGUAACAUAAGGUCUACUACUCUGUUCCACACUCCGGAGUUGGAAGAAGAGAUGACGCUGGACGACGAAUGCAUAGCAGAAUUCUACGAAAGUUGUGUGGCUGAUGGCAAGGUUGGAUACACAGAGAAGUAUGUGGCAAAUUCGAUUGAUACUCUCAAUGUUUUAAGCACACUAGAAGGGAUGUACACACUCUUCAUUGUGGGGAGAGGAGGUCGGGUAAAUAAGGCACUGACGACUGGAAUGAAUGAUAUAGAUGAUUUUCCUGAGCUUGGCUCCGUCGGUGGCUUCCUCACAGCUUCUGAUUCCUCAAACAUGGCAUCCGUGUUAGUUAUCCAACAGUAUAGUCGUAAGAGAGAAUUUACAAAUGGCCUUGAUGAUGAUGAUGAUGAUGAUGAUUAAUCAAAUAAAUCUCCGCUGCUCUUACAAUCACCUAGUCGGGUGAGCAU